UUAAUCUGAAGAUUCUGAACUCUUCGGUUGGCUCUACCCAAGAUAUACAUAUAUGGUAUAUCUCUCCCCUCUAAAACCUCGGUUUUAUUCUACUUUCUAACUCUAUUAUUAAGGCAUAUAUAUAAAUAGAUGUAUUGAUGGGGCGAGAUAUGUAGUUGGGCUUGACCUCCCAAAGAAUCAACGGAGCGGAUCACCACACCGGGAGCAAAUGGAGAAAUCGAUCGUCCUAAGGUGUCGAAGUCCAUUAUGGUUCGUCAUCUCUACCGCCUUUGUCUUUUGGUGCUUCUUAUUUUACUUCAAUUCUUCGGCUUUAAGAAGUAGCGGGAACGAGUACCUGUACGCGUUCCUCUUCCGAGGUUCGAAACUAUUGCUUGUUGCAGACAACAAUCACGUCGAACCUGUAAAUCAACCAUUUCUAAUGGAUGAUAGAGUACAACCUGUUGUCCAAUUACCCGGUACAGUGGAUUUGUCUGAACACUCCAGAGAAGAUGAGCCUGUUAAGGAACCAUCUAUCGCUCAAGAGAGUACUGGAAUACAAGCUGUAAGCAGAGUAACGAUCAUAGAGAAUGUCGAAGCAAAGUCUUCCAGCAACGUAUCUUCUGCAGAGGACAGGGUGGAUCAGCCGGGUGACAAAGCAGAUUCCGAUACGUGCUCAGGUCGCUACAUUUAUGUAUACGAUCUCCCUGGUCGUUUCAAUGCUGACAUUCUCAGGGACUGUCUGUCCCUGAAUCUAUGGACUGACAUGUGCAAGUACCUGGCAAAUUUCGGACUGGGUCCCCAGCUCGCCGACUCUGGAAGGGUCUUCUCCAGCACGAGUUGGUAUGCCACGGAUCAAUUCUCGUUGGAUGUGAUCUUCAAUAGCAGGAUGAAACAAUACGAGUGCUUAACAAAUGAUUCGUCCUUGGCUUCUGCAAUCUUCGUACCCUUCUAUGCGGGUCUUGACGUUGGCCGUUACCUUUGGCGGUACAAUACCUCGGUGCGUGAUUCCACUUCUCUUGCUCUUAUGAAGUGGCUAGCAGAGAGACCCGAAUGGAAGGUUUUGGGGGGACGAGAUCACUUCCUGCUUGCAGGAAGGACCACGUGGGACUUCAGGAGGAUGACAGAAGAGGACUCUGGUUGGGGCAACAAGCUCAUGUUCUUGCCUGAAGCCAAGAACAUGACUAUGUUAGUGAUUGAAUCGAGCCCUCUUCACAGGAAUGAUUUCGCGAUACCUUACCCAACAUUUUUCCACCCUAAAAGAGAUGAUGAGGUCUUUCAAUGGCAGAACAGGAUGAGGAGGGUUAAGAGGCGUCACUUGUUUUCUUUCGUAGGUGCCCCACGUCCCAGUCUUUCAGGGUCGAUACGGGGGAAGAUUAUCGACCAAUGCCUAUCUUCAAAGGGGAAGUGCCGGUUGUUGAAUUGUGACGCUGGGUGGAAGAGUUGCCACAGCCCAAGUAGUGUGAUGAAGAUGUUCCAGAACUCUGUCUUCUGUUUACAACCACCUGGAGACUCGUAUUCUCGGAAAUCGGCGUUUGAUUCGAUGUUGGCUGGCUGUAUACCAGUCUUCUUCCAUCCAGGGUCUGCAUACGUGCAGUAUUUGUGGCAUUUGCCCAAGGAUUAUACAAAAUACUCUGUAUUUAUCUCGGAGAAUGAUGUUAAAGAAGGGAGGGUCAGCAUAAGGGAGAAGCUGCUUCAGAUUCCUAAUGAGGAGGUGAGAGCUAAGAGGGAGGAAGUGAUACGGUUGAUUCCAAGACUGAUAUAUGCAGAUUCAAGGUCAAGAUUGAAGACCACUGAAGAUGCCUUUGAUUUAACCAUCAAGGGAGUGAUUGACAGGGUUGAUAGAAUCAGAAAGGAGAUCAGCGAUGGGGUCAACUCUGAUAUAGAUUAUCCAGAAGUGUACACCUGGAAGUAUAAUUUGUUUGGGACGGUGGAGAAACAUGAUUGGGAUCCUUUCUUCCCUAGCUAAAAAAACAAAAAAGGUAACAAGGAAUAUCGUGCAUACCGAAACACUUUUCCAGUUCUUAUAUUGGUUUGGUGAGUUUGUUUAUGAAUUGUAUCUAGAAAUCAACAUUGGAUCCAGUCGUAACUCGUAAGUGUUUCUCUGUAAGGAAGGGUUAGAUUGGUAAUACCACUAGAGGGUGU